AUGCAACUGGCAAACCAGUCACAUGUGACAGAAUUCAUUCUGGUGGGGUUUCCAGGAAGUCUAAAACUACAGCACUCUCUUUUCACAGUUUUUCUGGUUGCCUACACCCUGACAGUAAUGGAGAAUUUGAUUGUCAUUGUACUAAUCUGUGUGAAUAUCAAGCUUCAUAAACCUAUGUAUAUAUUCUUGGGAAAUCUUUCUUUCCUGGAGAUCUGGUAUGUCUCAGUCACUGUCCCCAAGAUGCUUUCAGGCUUUGCUACACAGAAGAUGGACAUUUCCUUCGCAGGCUGCAUGGCCCAGCUCUACUUCUUUCUGGCUCUGGCAUGCACAGAGUGUGCCCUCCUAACAGUUAUGGCCUAUGACCGUUAUGUUGCCAUCUGUAGCCCUUUGCGUUAUCCCACCAUAAUGAGUCAAGAAUUCUGUAUCCGUUUAGCAGCUGGUUCAUGGCUGAGUGGUUUUUUGGUAGCCACAGGAAAGACCUUCUUCAUCUCACGCUUGAGUUACUGUGGACCCAAUAUUGUCAACCACUUCUUCUGUGAUGUCUCCCCACUUCUCAAUCUAGCUUGUACUGCUUUGUCAUUGGCUGAACUCAUUGACUUCCUGCUGGCCUUGCUCAUUAUCAUUGGCCCACUCAUUGUGACAAUCACCUCUUAUAUCUGCAUUAUCUCUACUGUCUUGCGCAUUCCUUCAGCCAAAGGGAAGCAAAAGGCAUUUUCUACCUGUGCCUCACAUCUUUUUGUAGUCACCGUUUACUUUGCUGCCACCAUUUUCAUCUAUGUUCGACCAAGGGCUCUCACCAAUGUUAACGCCAACAAGCUUGUGUCUGUUGUCUAUACAGUUGUAACACCACUUCUUAACCCAGUCAUAUAUUGCAUGAGGAAUCAAGAGUUCAAGGAUGCCUGGAGAAAAAUGUUUAAUGGGCCUUCUUCAAGACAAAUAGACUAA